AUCUCUGCUAGUUUCGUUGACUGACACGUGUCUUAUACAGCUCUGUUCCGUUAGUAACGGUUUUAUUUUAACGGUUUAAACGGAAACGUAUUCAAAUAUGCUAGUUAGCUUGAUGCUAACUGGUCCGCUAACUUCUGUCUGAUCAGCCGACUGAGCAUGGGGUCCGUUGACUCGCCGUUAUUUCCUCGCUAAAGAUAACAUGUCGAGUGUGAUGAUAUAGUCGAUAUUGUGCUUGUUUCGUGUAGUUUAAUAGUGUUUAUAAACGGAAAUACUAGCCUGGAUGCGUAGCAGCUAACUCUUCUCAGCGUCCUGUGAGCACUGCUAGCUGUGAUGUGAUUAUGAACAGUCGGAUGGGGACGUUAUAAUUGGCAUUAUCACAGCUAAAUGGCUUCAAUAGCAGCCUUCAUUUGACGCCUGCAUGCUGGUAUUAUUGAGAGCCAUUUGAGCUCCGCAGUCGGGAGGAAGGAACCGCUAUACAGUCUUUCUUUAGGCGGAAGAGAGACCGUCAUCCAUCCACACACAGACCACACUGUAGUCCGAGGAGAAGAUGUCUUUCUUCAAUUUUCGGAAGAUGUUCAAGUUGGGGCCUGAUAAGAAGAAGAAGCAGUAUGAACAUGUGCAUAGAGAUGUUAACCCGGAGGAGAUAUGGGACAUCAUUGGGGAGCUGGGAGAUGGAGCGUUUGGGAAAGUGUACAAGGCUCAGAACAAGCAGAACGGGACCCUCGCUGCCGCUAAGGUUAUUGACACAAAGACGGAGGACGAAUUGGAGGAUUACAUGGUAGAAAUCGACAUUCUGGCCUCCUGCAACCACCAUCACAUCGUCAAACUGCUGGAUGCCUUCUAUUUCGAGGGCAAACUUUGGAUUCUGAUUGAGUUCUGUGCGGGUGGUGCAGUGGAUGCCAUCAUGCUGGAACUGGAGAGGCCCCUGACAGAGCCCCAGAUCCGUGUGGUGUGCCGCCAGACCUUAGAGGCCUUGUCUUACCUCCACGAGAACAAAGUCAUCCACAGAGACUUGAAAGCAGGGAACAUCCUCCUCUCCUUGGACGGAGAAGUGAAACUGGCUGACUUUGGGGUGUCUGCUAAAAAUACCAAGACGUUACAGAGAAGAGAUUCUUUCAUCGGCACUCCAUAUUGGAUGGCCCCCGAGGUGGUAAUGUGUGAAACUUCCAAGGACCGUCCGUACGACUACAAGGCCGACAUCUGGUCCCUCGGGGUAACGCUGAUAGAGCUGGCGCAGGUCGAGCCACCCAACCACGAGAUGAAUCCCAUGAGAGUGCUGCUGAAAAUAGCCAAGUCCGAGCCACCCACGCUCAUGCAUCCCUCUCGCUGGUCACCAGAAUUUAACGACUUUCUGCGGAAAGCACUCGAUAAGAAUGUGGACAAUAGGUGUGGCACAUGGCAGCUGCUACAGCAUCCUUUUGUCACCAGUGUAACUGACAGCAGACCUCUCAGAGAGCUCAUAGCCGAGGCCAAAGCUGAAGUCACAGAGGAGAUCGAGGAUAGCAAGGAGGAGGAGGAGGAGGAAGAGCCUGAUACACCUUCGGCGGCUCCUGGGCACAAGCGGGCGCCAUCGGAUGCCAGCGUGGCCAGCUCAGAGGACGACAAAGUCACGCCAGCUCCCUCCACGCUGGAAUCUGUUACGGAAAAGACGGAGGCCGAGCCUGCCGACGACCGAACCAGUGAUAAGCUCUCCGACGAAGGGCUUGGAACGAGCGAGGUAGACAAGACUGAGGAGGAGAAACUCAACGAGGUGUCUGAUGCCAGUAAUGAAGACCUGGCCUCCGGGCUAAUAGAGCCGCCCACUAAGGACUUCAUCUCACAAGAUCCCACAGAGUCUAAACCAGAAGAUGAUCCAUCUGAAGAGAGUCCUGCUGAGCCUGUUGUAACACAGCCAGAAGACACCGUAGAUACAGCGGUUACACAAGAACUUGUCACAGAUGGUCAAGAAGCAGAGGAGGAUCAGAAGGAGACACAAGGAGAGAAGACAGAGGAUGAACCUACCGAAGUAAUAGAAGAAGAACGAGAGCAUGAGGAGGUGAAAGAAGAGGAAGGAAAGGAAGCUGGUACAGAAGAAUCCAGAGAAUCACAACCUGAAGAUACACCCGAAGAAUCCAUAUCACGAGAAGAAAGCAAAGAGCCAGAUGAGGAGACGUCUCAGCAUAAAGUGACCGAGGACAGAAUAGAAGACACAGCUAAUGGCACAGAUGUAAAUAUAGACACACAGAAUAUAGAAUCAAAUGUCACAAACAUAAAUGGAGACACAAAGUCGAGCGUGGAUGAAUCCUCUGCUGAGGUUUUGCUGGAGAAGGAGGCCACAGAGAGUCAGGCAGAGGAAAAGCCUGAGGAUGAGGCGCCUGAGCAGCCUGAACAAGAGAACCAGACCAAGGAGGAGGUCAGUCUAGAGGAAAAGGACCCAACUGAAUCCACAAAUGGAGUCGGUGAUGAAGCCAAAGACACCUCUGACGAUUCAGAACAAGUGGUCCCAUCAUGUAAAGAUGUCCCAGCGAAGGAAGAUGAGGAGAAAGCCACUCGUGCAGAUGAGAACACUUCCCAAGAUACGGUCUCCGUCCCCGAGAGUGAAACAGAUUCAGAAAGCAAGAUCGAGCAUGGAAGCCCCGCUGUGAUCAAGUCGGAUUUGGAGAAGGACUCUGACUCUGGAAGCAGCUCGGCUGCUGAUAGCAACAGCCUCGACCUCAAUCUGUCCAUCUCCAGCUUCCUGUCCAAGAGUAAAGAAGGGGGCUCUGUGUCUAUGCAGGAGUCAAAACGUCAGAAGAAGACUCUGAAGAAGACACGUAAGUUCAUGGUGGACGGCGUGGAGGUCAGUGUGACGACAUCCAAGAUAGUGACAGACAACGACACCAAGAGCGAAGAGAUGAGGUUCCUGAGGCGGCAGGAGUUGAGAGAGCUUCGCCUCUUGCAGAAAGAGGAGCAGAGGGCCCAGCAGCAGCUGAGCAACAAGCUGCAGCAGCAGAGAGAGCAGAUAUACCGCCGCUUUGAACAGGAAACUACCGCUAAGAAGCGUCAAUACGACCAAGAAGUGGAGAACCUGGAGAAGAAGCAGAAGCAGACCAUCGAGCGACUGGAGCAGGAUCACACCAGCCGGCUCCGAGACGAAGCCAAACGCAUCAAAGCGGAUCAAGACAAGGAACUCUCCAAGUUCCAAAACAUGCUGAAGAACCGGAAGAAAGAGGCCAAACAGGAAGUUGGACUGUCACCCAAACACAUGAGAAAAGAGCUCAUGAAACGCAUAAGGGAGGACCUAUCGCUCCUUAAGACCGCAGAGGCAGUGGCCCAGGUUAUGAUACAGUCUUUUCAGUUGUCCUCAUGCGCACUCUUCAACGCUCAGAUGCAGGAUGAGCAGGAGUUCCUACAGAAGCAGCAGCAAGAGCUGGACGGAGCUCUGAAGAAGAUCAUCCAGCAGCAUAAACUGGAGAUCACCACUAUUGAGAGAGACUGUCUGAACCACAAGCAGCAGCUGAUGAGAGCUCGAGAGGCAGCCAUGUGGGAGUUGGAGGAGCGCCACCUCCAGGAGAAGCACCAGCAGCUGAAGCAGCAGCUGAAAGACCAGUACUUCCUGCAGAGACACCAGCUGCUGAAGAGGCACGAGAAAGAGAUGGAGCAGAUGCAUCGUUACAACCAGCGGCUGGUAGAGGAGAUGAAGAACAAACAGACUCAAGAGAGGGUUCGUCUGCCCAAGAUUCAGCGCAGCGACGCCAAGACCCGCAUGGCCAUGUUCAAGAAGAGCCUCCGCAUCACAGCCACCGCAUCCGUCACGCCCGAGCAGGAGAGAGAGCGGAUAAAACAGUUUGCGUCUCAGGAAGACAAGAGGCAGAAGAAUGAGAGGCUCCAUCAACACCAGAAACACGAGAACCAGAUGAGGGAUCUGCAGCUGCAGUGUGACUCGAACAUCAGGGAGCUGCAGCAGCUACAGAAUGAGAAAUGCCACCUUCUGAUUGAACACGAGACCCAAAAGCUGAAGGAGCUGGAUGAGGAACACAGCCAAGAGAUAAAGGAGUGGAGAGAGAAGCUAAGACCCAGGAAGAAGGCGUUGGAGGAGGAGUUCACGCGGAAGCUCCAGGAGCAGGAGGUCUUCUUCAGGAUGAGCGGCGAGUCCGAAUGCCUUAACCCCACCACCCAGAGUCGAGUAUCCAAAUUUUACCCCAUCCCGAACCUGCACAACUCUGGUUUAUAGCCUCGCUUAUAGUCUGUAUGCGCUACGAGACUAUCAAAUGUGGCUGCACUCACAGACUCUUCCUGGUGGAGCGACGUCACCUUUACUGAUAAAAAAAAAAAUGUCUUCACCGCUUUGAUUCCGCCGUUAGUGAGCAUGACGUGCCUACACACCGUUCCCUCACAGUUUUUCUCAGCUUGUUGGGAAAUGUCCAAUGAUAAUAAUAUGCACUUUUUUGAGCAUGUUUGAGCAAAUUUUAAAAGCCUGCAGUUGGUAGCGAAGGCCAAUCAUGUUUUAUUGUAAGCACAGCCUGCUACAGUAUGAAUGAUCUCCAGUGCCUCAUGUGUUAUUUUUUUCUGCAUUUAGGCCCCUCAGUAAACACAGGGCCCCCUGAAUGUCUUGCACUUAAAUAGCUGGUUAUCAAUUCCCCCCCACAAUCACAAGAUGCUGAGAGAUUAAACCGACUCUGAGAUAUUGUUGCUGCAUGUAAGGUAGAGCUGGUAUAGGGGAGAUGAUGUACUGAGUAGUUAAAGGGGACCUAUUGUGCUUUUUCCCUUUCAUUUCGUGCGUUAUAUAGAUUUUUGUGCACGUAAAAGGUCUGCAAAGUUA